UCCCUCCUUGAAGCCCACAUCAUGUCCGCCCUAGCCACGUACCAAGCCGCGCCCGACCCAGACACCAGCGCCGCCAGCCGACCAUGGCAAGAAACCGCCGCCAUGCUCCAAAAGCACCGCGACGCGACGCUUGCGGCAGUGCGGCCCGCGCUGUGCGAUCCCCCGGCCCAGCUCCCCCUCAACGUCGCCAGCCUUGCCGAACAGCUCUUGCCCUCGGACGUGAAAGCCAUCACCGAGUCCGCGCCAGAAGUUUUGCUCGCCCAACUCGCUAGCCAGAAGCUUACCGCCACUGCCGUUACCAAUGCGUUCUUGCACCGCGCGAGCCUCGCCCAGAAACUCACCAAUUGCGUCACCGAGCUCCUGCCCGAGCGCGCGCUGGCACGCGCCAAAGAGCUGGAUGAGUAUAUCAAGACGCACGGCAAGCCGAUUGGGCCGUUGCACGGCCUCCCCAUCAGCGUGAAAGAGCACAUCCCCAUGGCCGGGCUGAAGACGAAUGCCGGCUUCAUCGCUUGGGCCGAAAACGAAUCCCCGCAAGCGCCGAUCCUCGACAUCCUUUGGGCCGCGGGUGCCGUGUUCCACGUGCGGACCACACAGCCUCAGACACUGAUGCACCUUGAGACGAGCAACAACAUCUACGGCGUCACCGUCAACCCGUUCAACAGGCAACUCACCGCUGGCGGGUCUUCGGGGGGUGAGGGCGCAUUGAUCGGUACCAGAGGUAGCUGCUUGGGGGUUGGGACGGACAUUGGCGGCUCGAUUCGCAGCCCUGCGGCCAACAACGGCCUGUACGGGUUCAAGCCAACGGGUUGCAGGCUGCCGGAUGGAGGCCUCUUGGCUACGAUGAAGGGACAGGAACAGGUUAUCCCGGCCAUUGGGCCUUUGAGUACCAGCUUGGAAGGCAUCAAGAUUUUCAGCAAGGUGGUGUUGGAUGCGAAGCCGUGGCUGAAACAGCCGCAUUUGGUGUCAAUGCCGUGGCGGGAUGAUCAAGAAUGGCUGCCAAAGUUACCUAAUGGAGGGAAGAAGCUCAAAGUUGGUGUCUUGUAUGAUGACGGUGUUGUGAAACCGCAUCCACCUGUGCUGAGAGCACUUAAGGAGGUUACCGAGAAAUUGGAAAAGAUUGAAGGUGUUGAACUGGUGGAGUGGAAGCCAUACAAACAUGAUCUGGCGUGGGACAUAAUCUCAAGCAUUUACUUCUGUGACGGCGGUAUCGAAGAGACUGCCGCCAUUGAGGCCUCCGGAGAACCAUGGCGUCCGCUUUCGAAGUUCAUAAUCAAAGACAACCCACAGGUUCCCACGCAGCCGUACAGCAUCAAAGACGUGUGGCGUCUCACGGCGCAGCGCGAACAGUACAGGGCUGAGUAUGCUGAAGCUUGGAACCGAACCGCCACAGGGCCCGAUGGCGAGGGUAUGGUGGAUGUGAUCCUCUGUCCUGUCGGACCUGGCACAGCACCUCCGCUGGAUCAAGCCCGCUGGUGGGGCUACACAAGCCAGUGGAAUCUGCUGAACUACCCUGCUGUCGUGUUUCCGGUCACGCAAGCGGAUCCAGCACUCGAUGCGAAAGACGCGUCGUAUCAACCGCGCAACGAGAGAGACGAGUUCAACCAUAAGCUCUACGAGCCCGAGACAUACCGAGACGCGCCGGUAUCGCUGCAGCUUGUCGGCCGCAUAUUCGAAGAUGAGAAGGUCAUCGAAGCGCUGGACUACAUAACGCAGCGUACGGGCCUGCCUUUCGCAGACGCGCUGAAGGCGAAGGCCGAAUGAUGGGUCGGGUGGUGUGACGGUGCGGUCUAGUAUCUCGGGCUUUGAAGAUGUUUGUAGACGGUCUAAGAUAGGAUUGGGAAUAGGACACGGCAGGAUUAAAUUUGAAGAGGCAUGUGCAGCGAAAGGUGGGAUGGAUGGUGUGGGCAAGGGCAGUGGGGUGAGCCAAGCUCCGACGUGGCUGCCUGCCGCA